AUGACAGCCAUUUCCUCCCUCAAAUCGGCCGUUGGCCUUACCAGCGAUGAUGCCUCAAAACCCGCGACAAGAGAAGCCAUGUCCGAAGCCAAACUCCCAAUUCAAUACCGCGAUAGCUGUGCGAACCUGUUGAUCCCGCUUAAUCGAUGUCGGUUCGAGACUUAUUAUUUGCCGUGGAAAUGUGAGACGGAACGACACAGUUAUGAGAAAUGCCAGUAUGUGGAGUUUAAGAAGAGGGUUGCGAAGAUGGAUGAGUUGAGGAAGGCGAAGGGUGGGAAGAGGAGUAAUUGA